CCUGCCUUCAUACCCAAUCCUAUUCACUGGCCAUUCGCUCCUAUUGUGCGCCUCAGCUCAAUUCCUUUUGCACAAAAACUCCAACCUUACUUUUUUUUUUCUCUCUCACUCAGUGCCUUUCUUCCACUCAUUCAUCCUGUUUCAUCUGCUCUUAUUUACUUUUCAUGAUUCACUCCCGGUUUACUCGCAAUUGGUAACCAUGGCUGACUCUACAACCAGCUCGCAGCAGAGCGUUGUCGGCUCACAGCAGACCCUAGUAGCUGAGUCGCAAGAACGAGCUGACGCAGUUACCGCCAUGCCUGCGACACGUCGGCUGCGGGAAACUGCGAGCCCUUCGCCAUCACUGUCCAGGGGCUCAACGCCUGUACGGGAUUCUGUUACUGGACGGCUUAUGCCUGACCGUGGAGGCAAGGUCAGGACACCGAUCCCGGCAAAGUACAGCACUUCAUAUGGGUCCCCGAUCACCCACCUGCCCGACCGUAGAGCGGUCGGGGGUGGUGGAAACGUUACGAAAGCUGCGGCGGAGAUCUUCACCAAAGUCAAGAGGGACAAGAUAGCUGCGGAGGCCCGCCGUCGCACCAAGGCUCAAGCGAGGGUGCGAAGGGCAGGUUCGAGAGACGCAACUGCCUCUCCACCACCCCCGACGAUACACCCGACCGUGGAGGUGGACAACGAGCACGAGGAAGCGGCGGGAUCUGGAGGGCGAGACGAGGCGGUGAAUGGGAUGAGUGAGGGUAGCGAGUAUGAGGAUGAGAAUGAACCACCGACCGAACGAGCCUCCGUGAGGAGAUCUCCGCGGAAAGCUGGCCGGAAGAGGCGUCGGGACGAUGGAGAUGCCGAGGCUCUUGCGGAGAAGGAACGGAAAGAGAGAGAGGCCCGGUUGAGACGGGAACGCUCAGCAGAAGCCCGAAAGCGUAGCAACCAAAAGCGUGCUGAGGCUCAGGCCGCCGCUCGGGAGGAAGCCGAGCAGGAGCGUCUCGCGCAACAAGCACAGGAAGAAGCGGCAAAGGCAGCGAUGCCGCCUCCUCCCCAACCACCCGUGCCUCGACCGCCUUCCGGACACACUAUGACCCCGGCAAGCGGGCUCCUGCCGAACGACGCCAGCAUCGAGCGACCUGGUUCUGCGCGUAGUUUCCUUGAGGAAGGCACCGUAUACCAGGGUGCGGCAGUUCAGACUCCUCCAAGGCCGCAAUCGCCUUUGCGUCAAGCACUGCGAUCUGCUACAGCCGCUCGUCUGGCUGCUUCAGAGCCUGCGCCAGCCGCGCCAGCUUCGCCUCCCAGUGUCCUGAAACGGCCGCCACGACGUCCCGGAGGGACAACUCCACGGGCUCCGAUUGAGCUGCCGCCUCGUCCGGAUGACCGGGAUGACGUCACCCACCAGCCAUCGGUGGACAGGGAGUCACCACAAUCCGAUGAUGAGGAGGGAUCGCAAGAGAUAAGCCCAUCAGCCCAAAGAGCGAUGCCAGACUUCGCCCGUCGACUCGGCCGGCACCUCAAGCCUCUACCUGGCCGAGCUGACGCUGAAAGCGAGAAGGAUGAAGUUUCCCCAACUGCAGCGACCGACAAGGGCCGCUCACACUGGUCCAAGGCCAAGCAUGCGUUUUCCCUUUGGUCCUUUUUCAAGAUCUUUGCGGCCGCCUUCCUCGUGUUGCACGCAAUGCGGCUUGCUCACAUUCACGCCCGGCCAGACCUGUACGAGAGCCCCGUCCUAACUCUUCGGUGGUAUGGGUGGAAAGACUGGACAAGCAACGUUGGGCAGUUCUUCCCUUCACCACUCUUGCACCCGCUUGGAGUCCUCACCGAUGCCCAGUAUGACGAUCUCAAGGACUAUCUCCAGAGACGGACGUCAUCGACUGAGGCGGUGGUGGAUAACCUCAAGGCAGUUCUCCCCAAGGUCAUCUCGGUGCGCAAAGAUAAGAAAGGGAAGGUCGUGAUUGCGGAUGAGUUUUGGGAUGCUCUUAAGGACCGGAUCCAAAAGGAUAACAGCAUCCUUUCUUUGGAUGGGAAGUCCCACAUCUCUGAGAAGCAUUGGAAAGCGAUAGAACAACGACUCAGGGACGCUGGUCUCUUGGCUAAGCCGCUCUCAGCCAGUGAUGUCGAGCGUAUCGUUGAGAAGUCGGCACCGGCGGCCUGGGACAAGUGGUUCCAAAAGAACGAGCGGAAGGUAGCCGAGCUGCUCCGUCAGACCCAGGGCAAAGCCCCGGGCAAAACCCCGACAAAGGAGAGCGACGAAACGGUUAUCUCGAGGAAAGAAUUCAUGCGCGAGUUGAUGGACCAGCUGGCGAAGAGCAAGGAGCAAACAAACCGCGACAUGGACAGUCUCCGCGUGGAGCUCCACGGCCUCAUCCAUGAGAUCAAAGCAAAAGCCAAGGCAGGCGGCAUGAACAAAGCCGAUAUCAAGACCCUCGUCAAAGAGAUUGUCGAUAAGGAAGUAACGCGCCGCUAUCUCGAUAGAGCAACCAAGGGUGGCACUAGUAGCAUUGACGCCGCCCUGCGCAGUCGCGUCAACCACUUCAGCCCGGGCAACGCGGCACAGAUCGACCUCUCGCUCACCUCACCAACCUACAAGAUCGACACACCUCCCGUCCUCUCCAAAGAAUGGCUCAAGGCCAUGCCCAAGCGCCCGCAGUUUAUCCCAGACAAGUCCCAAUCCCUCACCGCCUGGUCCGACCCAGGCCACUGCUGGUGUGCGGCCACUCGCGGCGACAAGAACGUCAGCUACCCGGCUACGCUCGCCGUCCGCCUUCCCAACUUCGUCAUCCCGCAGUACGUCGUACUGGAGCACAUCGACCCGGGCGUAACAAACGACCCGCUCGCCAUGCCGCGGGACGUGGAGGUCUGGGCCGUCUUUGACGAGCACGCCCGGCGCGAGCGCGUGUUGGACUGGAUGGCGGUGCAGUUCCCCGAUGAUGUGGGUCAUCCGCUGCUGGAGAAGGGGCUGGCGAAGAUUGGCAAGUUCAUGUAUGAGCAUCGGGCGCAUGACGACGGGGUGUUUGUACACAAGCUGGCAGACGAGUUGGUGGAUCAGCUCCGGGCCGCGACGGACUUGGUGAUGGUGCGGGCCGUGACGAACUAUGGGGCCGACGAUCACACAUGCUUCUAUCGAGUGCGGAUGUAUGGGGAGCCGGUGGAGCUGGGUGAUGAAAAGGAGAGUAAGAAGUGGUGACCAGGGAGCGAGGUGGAAGGGGGAGAAGUUCGGGUUCUCCGGGUGCCGGUGUCUAGGAAUUACAUACGUGGCGUUUUCGGUGAUAUACCACCCCCUUCAGCAUUUUGAAGUUUAGAUUUAGUUCAAAUGGUCCAGGCUCGUCGUUGGGUUUUGCUUUGAAGACCAAGAACCAGAGGUAUCAAUUGACCCAUGUACUGACACAAUAACGGACACUGGCACUC